AAACACAAAUUGACUGUAACCUGUUUGACCGGUAGAGCAUACUACCCAACAGCCGCCACAACGCUCCUCCUACGUUUCUUUCUUCCUCCACACGCCUGCUUGUUCACCUCCAUGGCUGAUGGCUCCAUCUCCUCCUGUCCCUAACCCCCUCCGGCCCUCCCCUCCUCCAAAGCCCUAAACCCCACGUAGCUCGGUGUGUCAGUCCACUCGCCCGCCCGGUCGGCGCCGCACCCAUCUUUCGGAUUCUACCCUAAAGGCAUGACCUUGGUCUUCCAAUCUGGAAAUUGAGUAGCAAUCAAGUAUGGCUGCAAGAGCAAUCACGAGGAGAAGGAAGUAUCUUUUCGACCAUGUUAAAACACCUAACCUCUCAUCUUCAUCCUCUACUUUCCAACAUGGAAGAAUUGGUUCUGAAGAUGAGCCAAAAAUAACACUACUGUUUCUGGAGCAAAGCUCUAGGGAUUCAAGAUCUGAGAAGGAGCAAUACUGUGUGAAUUUGACUAAUAGGAAUUUGGCAGGUAUUGCUAAUAGAUUUCUGCGACGUCCAGCUCAUGGGAUAUCUCUUUCAUAUUAUGGAAUUGGAAAGAAUGACUUUGGGUUGCCACUGGGAGCUAGAUCUAUGCUGCAGUCAGUUCGUGCAUCAUCAACUGCAACCGCAGGGCAACCUAAGUUGGAUAUUGAUGACGAACAGAGUGGGGAUCAGAAGCAAAAUAGAAAGAAAAAAGAGACAUCCCCAGAGGAAUGUGAUCAGGCUGUGGAAGGCCUAAGCACUGCAAAAGCUAAAGCCAAAGCUAAACAGGUCCAAGAAUCUCUCAAGGCUAGCCAAUCGGCCAUGCAGAAAUUCUGGGCAAGGCUUUUGGGUAUUGGUCCUGCUCUGCGAGCUGUGGCUUCAAUGAGCAGGGCUGAUUGGGCUGCAAAGCUUAAGCAUUGGAAGGCUGAAUUUGUUACUACACUGCAGCAUUACUGGUUAGGGACAAAGCUACUAUGGGCAGAUGUUAGAAUCUCAUCAAGAUUACUGGUGAAACUUGCUGGUGGAAAAAGCCUUUCUAGAAGAGAGAGGCAACAGCUGACACGCACAACAGCUGAUAUCUUCAGGCUGGUACCAUUUGCUGUGUUCAUCGUUGUUCCUUUCAUGGAGUUCUUACUGCCAGUGUUCCUGAAGUUAUUUCCAAACAUGCUUCCAUCAACUUUCCAAGACAAAAUGAAAGAAGAGGAAGCAUUGAAGAGGAAACUAAAAGCAAGGAUGGAAUAUGCAAAGUUUUUGCAAGAUACAGCAAAAGAAAUGGCAAAGGAAGUCCAAACAUCACGUAGUGGGGAUAUAAAACAAACUGCUGAAGAUCUGGACGAGUUUUUGAACAAGGUUAGGAGAGGUGAACGGGUCUCCAAUGACGAAAUCUUGAGCUUUGCGAAGCUUUUCAAUGAUGAACUUACUUUGGAUAACAUGAGCAUAUCACGCUUGGUAAAUAUGUGCAAAUAUAUGGGUAUCCGGCCUUUUGGUACAGAUCACUACUUGAGGUUCAUGCUUCGCAAAAAACUGCAAGACAUUAAGAAUGAUGAUAAGAUGAUUCAAGCUGAGGGUGUUGAAUCUCUUUCUGAAGAGGAGCUUCGGCAAGCCUGUCGGGAACGUGGUCACCUAGGUCUACUGUCAACUGAAGAGAUGAGACAGCAGCUCCGAGACUGGUUGGAUCUCUCAUUAAAUCAUGCAGUGCCAUCUUCACUUCUCAUACUUUCAAGAGCUUUUACUGUAUCUGGGAAAGUGAAACCUGAGGAAGCUGUUGUAGCAACACUAUCUUCACUACCGGAUGAAGUUGUGGAUACAGUUGGAACAGUACUGCCAUCUGAAGAUUCAGUUUCUGAGAGGAGGAGAAAACUUGAAUUUCUUGAGAUGCAAGAAGAACUUAUCAAGGAGGAAGAGAAAAGGAAGGAGAAAGAAGAAAAAGCAAAACAAGAGGAAGAGGAAAAGGCAAAGCUCAAAGAAACGAAGGGUUCUGCUGAAGAUUUAGCUUUGAAAGAAAUGAUUGAGGCUACUGCUAGGGAAGAGGAACUGCGAAAGGCAAAACAACACGACAGGGAAAAACUCUGUAAUAUCGGCCGAGCAUUGGCAGUGCUCGCAUCUGCAUCAUCUGUAAGCAAGGAGCGUCAGGAGUUCUUGGGACUUGUCAACAAGGAGAUAGAACUAUACAACUCAAUGCUUGAAAAGGAGGGUGCAGAAGAAGCUAAGAGAGCAUACAUAGCUGCUAGAGAGGAAUCAGACCAUCAUGCUGAGGCUGCUGCAGAAGAAAAAAUUUCAUCAGCACUUAUUGAGAAGGUUGAUGCUAUGCUCCAAGAAUUAGAAAAGGAGAUUGAUGAUGUGGAUGCACAAAUUGGAAAUCGUUGGCAACUGCUUGAUAAGGACCAUGAUGGCAAAGUGACCCCUGAAGAGGUGGCGGCGGCGGCAGCUUAUCUCAAGGACACCAUAGGGAAAGAAGGCGUGCAAGAGCUCAUCAGCAACCUUUCUAAAGACACAGAAGGAAAAAUCCUUGUUGAAGAUAUUGUGAAGCUAGCAUCCCAAACAGAAAACAAUGAAGAGGAAGAGGAAGCACGGUAGAUGGGAGAGUAUAUGGAAACAUCACACUCGUUCAGCAGUCAAAACUCAUGUAUUGAAAGGCAAUACGUCCAUUUCUUGUGUCUCUUGACUGACUUUGAUAGUGACUUCCAAUUAGCAAGGUAGAUUUUCUGUAGAAAGGCUCAUGCUGACAUGCAUUUAGUUAGCCGCCGUGUUGUGAUUUGGCAGGUAAAAUUGCAACCAAAAUUUAGACCGGUUGCAUGGACGUGGAUAAUACAGAUCAAUUGUAUUUGUUACUACUAUGCAAUCCCGAAAUAUUGGAUCUGUUUCAAAUUCUCAAGUAAUCAUUGAUGGAUGCUAUUUAUUGACCAUAAA